AUGUUGGAGUUGCAUAACGAAAAGAACACUGGUAAUCUUAAUAACACAGAUCAGAUGGAACUCGAGCAGCAUCUUGUAGAUCAUAAAAAGGCUCAAUCUGAUGGUUGGGAGAUCGGGCAGCCUGUAUAUGACGUCAUCCAAAAGGCACAAUCGGAAUAUGAUAUCAGAGUUGAAACCAUGGUGUCCGAUGUAUGUGAGCCUAACGUCGGUAUAGAAGCUCGUGAUAUCAAUCUUGAGGCACGGGUGGAACCGAAAUGGGAACAGAGCAUAAUAGAGCUCACUGAUGAUCAACCUGAGAUGAUGGAGGAGAUAAAGUCGUCUGUAAAGGAAGAGAAGCCCUAA